AUCGACGGCCGACGUAUAUGAUUAAAUUUCUGGUCAUUCAGCAACCAACGCACAUGCUAAGUUCGUCGUAUCUACUGUGAAUAUGAUCUGGUUAUGACCAAUAUUUUCGACCUUCAACUAGUCUCGCGCUGUGGUCCUCUUAAAGGGCUUCUUGCCUAGAUGGAGAAUAUCCGUCUUGCCGCAAGGAACGUCAUUAAGACUGCGAAGCUGGGCGAACUUGAUACGCUUGGUGAUAGUAUUGGUUAUGGCUCUGAAUUUAUCAGUCUCCAAUAUUUGUGGACGAAUGUGUCUGCACACCUUACGCAAGAUACCCACGGAUCUGUGGUAAAUGAGAAUUUAUUGUUAACUCGAGUUCUUUUGAAAAAUCAUCCCCAAGGGGUACCAUUGGAAGAAGAUGACAAGAAUUCUGCAAGAGCAAUAUACACCUGGCUGGCACAAAUAUCUUUACCAUCGUCUGAAUUCGCUACAUCCUUGGAGGCUAAUUAUUCAGCUAAUGGAGGGAAAGAAUCUGGGUUGUCUGCUACACUCGAAGCCCAGCAAUUUACAUAUACCCUUGCCAUCUCAUGCACAAAGUAUCUUAACGGUAUACUAUCCAUACUAGAAGUCACGAAUCCAGAAGAAGUCUUUACGACCAUCCUAAGUUUUACUUCUCCGCAUGACCCCUGGACAACCAGUACGAGCGUCCAAGACGCCCUCGAAGUCCUACAUUCAUGCAUGGAGCCGGAAAGACGCCCGAAAUGCUGGCAUAUCCUAGAACGUGUCUGCGAAUCCAGACUCAGACCGAUAUUCGCUAAAACCAAAAAUCCCGCCAUCACAGCCAGUGGUCGUAAAAAUCUCCAUCCAUUACCCCAGCCGAGAUUCGAUGGGAGCCUGUUUGAUCCCGAGACAAAGCCCUGGAAGUAUAAGGACGUUUAUGCGACGACUGUUUUGGAGUGGAUACUUGCGCAAUACUCUUCUUCCGAUAUCAACCGUUUAGAAAUACAGUUUCACUUCUAUGUCCCACCAAUACUGUCUCUUAUUGAUGAUGAGAGCUCAUCUUUCAAGUACCGCGGGUGUAGCCUUUUGAUUAAAUUCCUCACGCCGAUUCGUGCAAGUGAAUCGGAUCUUUUAAAACGCACAAACCUAUCCUCUGUCUUCGACGACGCCCUCACCCCCUGUCUUCUCUCUUUACCGACCAUAACCCCGGAAGACGAAGCUCUGCGUCUUCUAGGUGUAGCAUAUCCAGCUCUCCUACUCACCCUGAAAACUUGCUAUCAUAUCGACCGAGACGCAAAGCCCGGCCAACCUGGCAAAAAUGAAGAUGCCAAAAAUGUAUACAUCACCCGCAUCACAACUCUCCUUCGAGAAAACGUCAUCUCAUCCUUCCACCACGUUAGCUCUUACUCUCCUACUUCCGCGAUCGAGGAGACCUCUUCUCUUGCAUCUUUCCCAUAUCCAAGACUAUCAACAUUCUUCCUGGACCAAUUGAAAACACUCAUUCAAGAACUCGGUAUCCACACAACAAAGUACCUACAAGAAAUCGUGCCAGUUAUCUAUACCACAUUGUCAAACCCGUUCGGCACGGCAUUUGCGCCGUUACUUCUCGCUGGUAUAGCGACUACACAAGCUGUUAUACUCAAUGCACACCCGCGUAUAUGGAGAUAUAGAGGUGAUCUUUUGGCUGCCAUUUGUCAAUGUUGGAUAAACGUAGUCCGGGACGAGGUAGAUAUGAAGGAUCCAGAGCAGAAAUUGCAAUUACGCAAAGUGCUGUUGAAACUGCAAGGGGCGGUAUAUCUGUUGAAGCUCAGCAUGCAGGGGGCAAGUUCUACCGAAAUGAAAGGUGAAGAGAGUCUAAACUCAAUUGGGAUGAUUGAUGAGGAUGCCAGUAUGAAUAACGGUAUUCAGGCACUUGUUGAAUCGGAUGAGCAGUUGAAGGAGCUACUCCAGAUAGAUAUUGGUGUAGACUUGGAUGACGACUAUUUCUUCAAAUGA